AUGAUCCUACAACACGCUCAGCAUCAGCAUGCGUCCAAGAGCACCAUCAUGCAUGCUCUGUUCGUAGCGACGAGCAGAAGCGACAGAUUUGUUGAGUUCUACUGCGUCAACCUGAUUGCAUUUCUCGAUGAGUGCAAGAAUGCGUUUGAAGUGCACGUAAAAACGUACAUCAAAACGUACAUCUCGGUAUCUACAAUCUCUGGCGUGUCAACCAUGCCCACGGGGUUCUUUGACGAGCUUGCGUCGAUAGACUGGUCGAACCACAAUGUGCAGUUUCUCGACGAAGUCAGCUUUGACUCCAGGGGCAUGCUCCGGAAACGCGGGUAUGCCAUGAAGGGCCAGAAGUUAUGUUUUCGCGGUGAAUUUAACCGAAAGCCACGCGUAUCGUUGCUGUGUUUCAUCGACGUCCAUGGUGUGACCGACGUGUUCGGUGCUGUGGGCGCAUUCGACCGGCAUGCCUUUGUAAAGUAG